AUGGCAGGAACCACUUUCAAGAAGAGAACUCGCGACGAUGCUCCCAGGUCCAAGGCAGCUCGGCCAUCUAAGAAGCAGAAGAAGCUGUACCAGUACCACAGCGACUCGGAGGAAGAUGCAGCCGACAACGACGAUGAGGGUGAUUUCCAAGCCGUCAAUCUCCUCGAUUCCGAUGAGGACCUCGAGAACGCAGAAGUAGACGAUGGUGCAUCGUCCGCGCCGUCGUCCUCAGACUCAGAAGCUGACAAUGACGCCCCAACAUCAAAUUUCAAGGCCCGCGAUGCUCCCCUAUCAGAUGACGGAUCCGACGCCGACUCAUACUCCGGUGACAGCGACGAGGAUGGAGAAGGGGGCGGGGCGAGGAAGAAGACCAAAUCAAAGCGCAAUGACCCCACCGCCUUCGCAACGUCGCUCUCCAAGAUUCUAUCGACCAAGCUGUCGUCAUCGCGGCGGGCGGAUCCCGUCCUCGCUCGCAGUGCGGCUGCGCACGAAGCGAGCCGGCAAAUUGUCGACACAGCGCUUGAGAGCAAAGCGCGCAGGCGGUUACGCGAGCAGAAGCGGCUGGCGAUGGAGAAGGGCCGCGUCAAGGAUGUGUUAAUCGCGACGAACUCGACCGUGGAUCCCACUACAGGGGCCGUAGAGGGGGUAGAAGGGGCGGAGACAACAGCGCAGAUCCUAGAGACGGAACGGAGAUUACGCAAAGUUGCACAGCGCGGUGUGGUGAAGCUCUUCAAUGCUGUGCGUGCGGCACAGGUCAAGGCGGCCGAGGCGGAAAGACUAGCGAGGACAGACGGAGUGGUUGGUGUUGAUCGGAAGAAGGAGAAGGUUACGGAGAUGAGCCGUAAAGGCUUUCUGGACCUGAUUGCAUCCGGCGGUGGUGGUCUUAAAAAGGGAAAAUUGGAAGAGGCUUGA